CCCUAACCCUAACCCGAUAUGUCAUCCAUCUGGCGCGUUGCAUGUCAGAGUUACGAAAGCCGUGCUCAAUGUUGCCAUUAAACACCAGUGGCAGCGCGCGACCGCGCUCCAACAAAAACAGGCGCGCCGCGUGCAAGGGUCCGCGUCUGGCAUUUACAUCCAACACUAUCCUACCGGGGAGCCCAUCUGCUCGCCCCUCUCUAGCCGUGACAUAACCAACUCCGGUCAAAAUCUGUCGUCCUACUUCUCUGCUCAGACUCAUCGAAGGACAGAUCUUCUACUACACCUCACCAAACAUUGACCUCAGCAAUGUUCGCGGCGAUGCCCCAAACCCCGCCAACUUUCCCCUUCGGCCGACCUGGCCCAGGGCAACAGAGGCAACAGAGCGACUACCGGCCUGCCUUUUCGUCGCCCCUCUCCUCCUCCCCAAUUCGAGCGUCCUCGCUAUCGCCACCACCACUGCCCCAAUCUCGACAACAACCGCUCUCACCAUGCCGAUCCACCUUCCUCAACACUCUCCCGCGACAGACUCAGUCCUCCCCAAUUAUGGGGGGCGGGCGACAAUUGUCGCCGUCAUCGUCCUUCUUCUCGGGCAGCGAGAACAACCAGUCAAGCAAUAGCAAGUUACGCUUCGCCUCGCGGAACACGCGUCCCAACCCCGUGCUCAAGCGGCGAGAGGACGCCCAAGAGAGCCGUCGCCGGCUCUUCUUCCAGAACGUGCGGCAGCGGCAGGAGGACAAGAGGUGGGAGAUGCGCGGAGGCGAGGACGAGCUCCUCAAGCUCGAAUGGUUGCGUCUCCAGCGCGAGCGGGCCCAGGCCAGAGAGGCCGAAGUCGCGCAGUACCUUGGGACACUGGACGCUGACUUGGCGGCCCUGGAGGAAGAGGAGAUCCGGAUGCAAGAGAAGCAUGCCAGGCAGGACUUGGACGCGUUGAUGGCGGAUGCCGUUGCGCAGCAAGAAGAGGCCGAGAUAGAGGCGCUUCUUUCGGCGCUUGAGGGGCAGCAAGAGUCGUCGCAGUCGCCCGCGCAAUUCUCGGACGAUGAAGACUAUGACGGGCUGUUUAUGGAUCUCAUUCAACAGGAGCAGGGCGAGCAGGAAAUGGGGCAUUCACAGGAUGUGGAGAUGACCUGAGUGCCGGAAACGGACUGUUCAGGUCUGGUGUACUAUGCAUAAUGCAUUGGUCGGAGUUUGGGCGUGUCAUCGGCUAGACGGGAGGGCGUUUUGGGACUAUGUAUAACGGAUCGGAUCAACGUGU